CCGGCCACCCAUCAGCCUGUUCUCCCUUGCUCCCUGGGAGGCUCUUGGUUAUUACUGGCUUGGCAAAGGCUGGUCGGAGCUGCCCCUGAGCCAGGAGAUGUUCUUCAGCGCUGCCCGGAGUUUGGUGCUGAAGAAGCAAGGACUUGGAAUUCGAGCAAUACACAACCCGGGAGGCCGAGCUCACAGCCAGGGGAAGAUGCCCCCCUACACCAACUACCAUGCCCAGCGCUCCUACCCCAUGCCGGAUGAACCCUUCUGCACUGAGCUCAGCGCCGAGCAGCGGGCCCUGAAGGAGAAGGAGAAGGGUAGCUGGACCCAGCUGAGCCAUGCUGAGAAGGUGGCCUUGUACCGGCUCCAGUUCCAUGAGACCUUCGCAGAGAUGAACCGUCGCUCCAACGAAUGGAAGACAGUGAUGGGCUGUGUCUUCUUCUUCUUUGGAUUCACAGCUCUGCUGAUUUGGUGGCAGCGGGUCUAUGUGUUCCCUAAGAAGCCCAUCACCCUGACAGAGGAGUGGAAGGCCCAGCAACUGCAGCGCAUCCUGGACAUGAAGGGCAACCCAGUGCAAGGCCUGGCCUCCCGCUGGGACUAUGAGAAGAAGGAGUGGAAGAAGUGACCGGCAGCCUCGCUGCUCUCCCUGGCCAGGGUCCGCGGAGGCCCCUCCUCACACCUGAACCCCAAUAAAGCUGGCCCGUUC